AUGGGUUCGCAAGUUCCUACUUGGUUCUAUGCAGUUUUAGUGACAAUUUUGUACUUUGGAUACAUCUUUUUCGGCGGACUUAUUUUUAUGAUUUUGGAGAGACCAGAUGAGAUACGAACAUGUGAAGAAAUAACGAAGUUAGCGAAAACAGCAAGGCGGUUCCAAAAUGAAGCAGCAGAAAUGGCAAGAAAAUCAAAUGCUCUGAUUGCUUCUUCAACAGAAAUCGAUGUUUCUUGCGCAGAAAAUGAUGACAGUCCUCAGUGCAUCGAAAUCUCGUCAUCCAAAAAACGCGCUGUCAGAGAAACAUCGAGAAAACUCGUCGCUUUUCAAGAGAAAAGAAGAUUUUGGGAAGCAAAAGAAUUUUGCGAAAUUCAGGGAAUGCGAUUGGCGCAAGAAACUGACCAGGCUGUCUUGGAGAGUCAAGGAUUUGCGGAAGGAGAGAGCUGGUUGAAUCCAAUGGUUGGGAUGGAAAAGAGCUGUGCCAAAAAGGGAGAAAAAUACAUUCUUGCUGUUCAAACUGCUAUUUGGCCUGCCGAAAAAACGGCUGAAAUCAAGGAAGAAAAUCUGGAAAGCGAAGUCCGAAAUCACAUAAAACGCUCGUUAGGAAAACUUGGCUACGGUCUUGGAGAAAUCACAAUCGGCGAAGAUGAAGAAAUGAGUGUUUCGAUGCGCUUUGACGAAGCAAAAUCGAUCGAAUUUCCGAAGACGAAUAUUUUUGAGGGCUUCAAUCCCGAUCAAGUCCGAAAGCUUGAGGAGAAAAAUGAUGAAUGCCAGGUCAAAUUGGAGAAAUCGAUUCUUUUGCUGAAAGAAGACGAUGAAAAGAUAGCCGCGCUAGAAGAUCACAUGACGACAUUUUCGAAGACGAUUACGAAGAUGACGGAAGAAAUCGAAAAGGUCGAAGAAAAAAUCCAUGCCGUGGAAGUGGUCAAGGACAACGAAGUUGAAGAGCACAAAAGAGACCUGAUCAACAAACAAAAAUUGGAAGAAAAGCUCAGAAUGGAGUUGCGAGCAAAAGACUACGAAAUCCAAGCGCUCAAGAGUCAAAUCCGUGCGUUUGAAAACACGAUGGAAAUUUUCGGCAAAAUGAAGAGCGGCGCAAACAACAUGCUGAAUCCCUCCGCAGUCGAGAUGUCCAAUCAACUCCCGCGAAACUCUUCAGAUUCGAGAAUCUCGAGACCAUCUGAUCAUCCAUCUGAGCCGGAUGAUCCCACGGCAGUGAACAUCAGAAUUGAAGAUGAAGUGCAUUGUCCAAACAUCUGGAAUUACAGAAACGCUUUCUUUUUCACUGGAACGAUCGGUACUACCAUUGGAUACGGAAAUGUUUACCCGAAAACAUUCUACGGCAAGAUGUUCUGUAUCUUCUACGCAUUGACGGCGAUUCCUAUCUUCGGCUUCGUGAAUUAUCACGUGAGCUGUUUCAUCAAAGCACGAUUUGAAGUAAUUGAACAGAAAGUAAUUGGCGACUCUCCGACUAAGGCGAAAAAGCGACUUUCUUAUGUCCUUUAUCUUACAUUCGGAGUUUUUAUUCUCUUCAUCUUACCUGCAUACGGCUUUAGCAACCUCGAGGGGUGGUCCUUCUCCGACGCUGCUUAUUUCACAGUUAUAUCGCUUACAACAGUCGGUUUUGGCGACUACACACCGAGUUUUGAAGGCGCGGAAGAAACUGGAAUCGGAUUCAUGUCAAUUUAUAGAAUUCUCGUCCUGACAUGGAUGCUGAUUGGCCUUGCUUGGCUGGGAAGUAUGCUCUCCCUGACCUCGGAGAAAUUCGGAAAUUUUGUCAAAAAAGUUUUUGAUAAAGCCUUAAAUGUUGAAAGCCAUGAAAUUCUGGAAUCAGACGAAGAAGUGAUCUCUGACGAUUUCUUGAUGGACUCGAAAAAUGAGCACCUGAACAUUUCUGAACAACUAUCCAUUCCGAAGGGAGGGGAUAACAUGAUGCCUUCUCCCCUGAUGAGAAGAAUGAAUCGCAAUACACUGCCAAAUUUUGAAAAUCAAGGCUCAAAUGGGAACCUCGAUUCACCCGCAAUAACCUGCUGGAAGAAAACCGCUAGAGAAGAUUUUUGA